CUUAUUAGGGUGUCGAUUCCCCGCUCUCUCUCCUCCGUCUCUCUCUCUCCUCCGCGGUUCACUCUCUCUCACUACAAGCCCUAGCUCUCCUCUCCCCCCUCCACGGCGGAGCCCCGCCGCCGCAGUAGCCUCCGCCGCUCGUCGCCGGCGACCCGAUCGGCGGCGCCGCCGUUUCCUCGGAUCUUCUCCGCCGCCGCCGCCGCUGUUGAUCGGGGGAUUUGUCGCCUCCCAUUCGGAUGCUCUUGGGAGGAUGGAUCCCGAAGCGGCGCCUCCCCCUCCCUCUUCUCCCCCUCUGGAGUCCAAUCCCGAAGAUCGGGUCGAGGCCCCCGCCGAGGCCGGGAAGGAGGCGGAGCGAUCCGCGGAGCCCGCGAGUGUCGAGGAGAUGAAUAAUAGCGAGGAUGCUGGGGAUAAGAAGAGGUCGGAAGAUGGUGGGGAGGGUGAAGGAUGCAGGCCUUGUAGCUGCAAGAAGUCGAGAUGCUUGAAGCUGUAUUGCAUCUGCUUUUCUACUGGCACCUACUGUUCUGAACUCUGUGGAUGCCAACAAUGUUUUAACAAGUUAACAUAUAAGGAAGAAGUUUUAUCUGCUCGCAAGGAAUUACAAUUACGGAAUAAAUUUUCACCAUCUUCAAAAGCACUUCGAUCAUCAGAGGUUGGUCAGGAAGUAGGUGACGAGACUAAGAAGUCUCCUGGUUCAGCCUUAGUCAAAAGAGGAUGUACUUGCAAAAAGUCGAGCUGUCUGAAGAAAUAUUGCGACUGCUACCAGAGCGGCAUUGGAUGCACGAUAUAUUGCAAAUGCGAGGACUGUAAGAAUGUUUUUGGAAGAAAAGAUGCAGAAGAUGAAGAGGAUUAUCCGAUUGCCUAUCGAUCUCCUUAUUCAAAGGAGUCCUUAUUCCUACAAGAUCAUCCAGAUGAUAUCGGGGGUCACAUAAUUGCCCAACCGCUCUCACAGCUUCAGCCACCGCCGUGGUGCUUAAAACGGCCAGUCGAGAACGGAAUCAUGGAUGUCCCGACUAGCUAUGCCGACUACAGAUACCCGAGGGAUAAGCAGCUCCAACCUAAGCACGAGAAAGUGUAUAGCAUCUCGAAGUGCAUCGAGGUGAUGAAUGCGAUGACAGAGCUCUCUAAAAACGAGAAGUCGCUAGCGCCCGACGUCUUUUUAGAGCCUUCUAAUCGCGAGAUAUUUCUCUCUCUAAGCGCUGAUAUUCGAAUGAUGUGGCUGAGGCGUAAGCUGCAGAAUCUUUAGGCCAUUCGUGUAUUCGUAUCUAUCGUGUGAUCUGAGAGUAUUUUUCUUACGUUUGUUCGAUAAGUUUGUCUAACCGGUGGAAGAUGUUUGGGAUGUUGUUGGAUAUGUAAUUCAAUGUUCGGGUCAUAUGCUAAAAGAUGAAGAAGAUCCUCGAGUUUUCUCUAAGUUAUAGCAAGUUAAUGGGUACACAGUAGUGAGGGAGAGAUUUAAUUCAGCACAUACGUUUUCUAGUGUUCUUUUUUUUCUUUUCUUUUCUUUUCUUUCCCCUAAUUUUACAGCACUGCCAUUGUGUAAUAUUCCCCAUUUUCUUUGCAAUCGCUCCUCAACUCUUACAGCCAUUAUUUGUGGUAGCAUUGUCAUUGAAGUCGAUCGUCAUUGUUAGGGAAUACAAAUAUUUUGUCUUGAUUGAUUCA